CCCGUUAUCAGGGGCACUUUCAAGGUCCAGGGCUGCUGGGAAUUCGGGAACUUGCGGUCCCUGGCUUCCUGAGUUACUCUAGGGAAAUUUCAGGCUCUAAGAGCUCUAACUGAAAGGGAAUACGUGAACUCUGCCUUCAAAUCAGGAAUUGGGGCUGGGGUAGUGAGCCAACAGAAGUCCUGAGGACAGGAAGGUAAUUAAACGCCAGACACAACGCAGGUGUAAACGAGUCGGAAAGGGAAGUCCCCUGGUGAAAUUAAUACAAAAGUUUAGGGGAAGGGGUCGGAAAAGGACAUAAGCCUAGGAAAGGAUGUGGCUGUGGCCAAGAUUAAAAGCACGGCCCAGGACGGGUUUUGCAACCUCAAGCGCCCAAGGCCCGUCCCGGGCGGCGGGCGCGGCCCCACCCAUCGCGAGCGACUUUCGACCGCGCGCUGACUCACUUCUCGGAUAGUGCGCCAGCAGUCUCCAGCAACAGGUUUGUGAAGCCGGUAAACCGAGGAACCCACAGGCGAACCAAGGCUUGUAAUCAGGAAUUUGGAGGGGUUGGGGGAUGGGAAGCCCUACGGGAACGGGAAGGAUUUCGAAUCGGGGGCACGAAGAUGGACUAGGAGUCCGGGUGCGUCGCUGCCUUAAGGGGAAGCGACCGCGCUCUACCAUAUUUGCCCCAAGGGGAAAAAACGCGCAAACCAGCAAGGCGGGCGUGGAAGUUCUAGGUGCGCCCGCGCCGUCCCAGGGCGCGUCUGCCGUCACGGGGUAGUCGUAGGAGGUCGUGGGAGGGACCAGAGCCGAAGAGGCCGCAGCCCCAAGGAGCCGCCGCCGGGGCAGGGCCUGGGCCGCGCCCAGAACCUCAAUAUGGCGGCACCGGAGGUCUAUGUCGCGGAGGCUCCUGGGAGCUGUAGUGCGCCCUUGUCGGGCGAGUGACGCACUACUGGGCCGUGCCGGAAGUUGCGGCCUGCGGUCUUCCGGACCGGGGAUGGGGCGUGGCUGUGCUGACUUGGUGUCACCGCGUUUACCGGGGAGAGCGGGAGGGAGGCUGCUUCAGUCUCCCGAAAGCGAGCGGAAACGUGUGCUUGUAGCUGCGGCCUCCGCCGGAACCUCUUUCACGCCAAUGGGAAGGCCCAGCCGCCCAGCGCCGCUUGAAAAGCUGCUUGAUGGCGGAUUUGAUCUGCAGUAACACAGCUACAGUGACGCCAUGCCAGUAGCUUCCUGCUUUUUUUUUUUUUUUUUUUUUUUUUGCUUCCCGUGGCAGCAGCUUUUCUGCGCUGGAAGAGUCACACUAAAAUAACGCGUGCACGUGAAUCCACACUUUAUUGAGCCCUGUUUUAACACCGCCUGUUUUCCAGUUCUGCUCAGUCGUGUGCCCUUGCUCAGCGAUGUGUUGUGUGCAAGAAGGACCCCCCCAGAGUAUCCUACAGCUCCACUGGACCCUCAGUUGGAUCCUCUUCCUGCUGGGAAUCCCCUGAUGAAGAUUGAAGUCGUUGAAGUCCUCACACUGAACCAAGAGGUAGCUCGUCCCCGAAACGCCCAGAUCCGGGCCCUCUAUGCCGAAGAUGAGGGCCUGAGCCCAGAUGUGCUCGGGGAGCCCACUCAACAGCUAGGCAAGCAGCCAGCUGACCCUGAGGCCGCGCGCCAGAGGUUCCGGGGCUUUUGCUUUGAGGAGGUGGCGGGGCCCCGAGAGGCCCUGGCCCGGCUGCGUGAGCUGUGCCGCAAGUGGCUGCAGCCCGAGGCGCACUCCAAGGAGCAGAUGCUGGAGCUGCUGGUGCUGGAGCAGUUCCUGGGCUCACUGCCCAGGAAGCUCCGGAUGUGGGUGGAGUCGCAGCACCCAGAGGACUGCCAGGAGGCAGUGUCCCUGGUGGAGGAUGUAACCUGGAUGUCUGAGGAGGAAACAUUACCCAGCCAGGACUCCACCUGCUCUCUCCAGACCACAGCUCCUGAGGAAGAGGAGGAGGAGCAAGUGACUACGUGGCCAGCAAAUGAACCACCUGAGGAACCAGUGACCUUCCUGGAUGUGGCCGUGGACUUCAGCAAGGAAGAGUGGGGGCUGCUGGACCCGACACAGAGGACUGAGUACCAUGAUGUGAUGUUGGAAACCUUUGGACACCUGGUCUCUUUGGGGUGGGAGACUACACUGGAAAGUAAAGAGUUAACUCCGAAGUCUGACACUCCUGAGAAAGAACCAGCCCAUGACCUGAAACUGGAAGAAUUCUCAAGGGAUGACACCUGGUCCCCUAUGUCAAGAGAUGUCUCACAGGGUGAGGCCCAGGAAGUCUUAGAUGCAGCACUGAAGGGGGUGGGGCCGAUUCGGGAAGAAACCCUCCCUCAGAAAAGCUCCUCGUUGCGGGCGAACACUGGCCUUGGCACAAGCCAGAUUUCAUUCCAGAAAACUCUCCCUAGAAAACGCUUGCGUAAGCGUGGCUCACGGGUUAAGAAAGUGACACGUAAAAUUCAUCAGAAGGACCGCAAAGGGGAAAAAGCCAGAGAAAACAGUGGUUGUGGGAGAGCCUUCAGCCGGAGCGCUCAGCAGAUCACAUUCACAAGAAUCCACAAAGGGAGCCAAGUCUGCCGAUGCAGCGAAUGUGGCAAAACGUUCCGGAACCCAAGAUAUUUCUCUGUACAUAAAAAAAUCCACACAGGAGAGAAGCCGUACGUGUGUCAGGACUGCGGGAAGGCAUUUGUUCAGAGCUCCUCCCUCACACAGCAUCAGAGAAUCCACACUGGAGAGAGGCCGUUUGAGUGUCCAGAGUGCGGGCGGACCUUCAAUGACCGCUCGGCCAUCUCCCAGCACCUGCGGACUCACACCGGAGCCAAGCCCUACCAGUGUCAGGACUGCGGUAAAGCCUUCCGCCAGAGCUCCCAUCUCAUCAGGCACCAGAGGACGCACACUGGGGAGCGCCCCUACACGUGCAACAAAUGCGGAAAGGCUUUCACCCAGAGCUCUCACCUCAUCGGGCAUCAGAAGACACACAGUAGGGUAAGAUGCAAGAGGAAACAGCCUGCCUCACAGCCGUCCAGCUGAGCCAGGCGAAGAUGUCGCCUCUUCAGCCUGACCCUACCACGUAACACAAACGGGCCUGAACCGAACGUGAAAGCAGCACUGAGUGAUGAUCUCAAAAGCAAAGGACAACCAAGGAGACCGCCCUGCACAGGAGUAAAUAAGAAAACUGGUUGGGGGGGGUUGUUGCUAAUGAAUAUAGGUUGGGAAAACAUUUCUCACUCACUUGAUUUGCUGGUACAAUUUGGUCAUUAAAAAUGAUAACAGUAAAACUCGAAAAUGCUUAUAAUGUAAGUUUAAAAAGCCAGGUACCAAAAAGUCUGUGCACUGAUAUUAUAUUUGUGGUAAAGUAUUUAUCCAUAUGGACAAGGCCUAAAAGAGAACAAGGAUAAAUAAACUAUAUAUUUCUGUGAUAGAA